AUCAGUCAGUGUCAUAUGUCAUUGCACCAACCUCCUCUAACCUUUCUUUUCCCUCUAGUUCCCAUCAUCCCCAGCUACCUGUACAAUCUGGAUGAGUCAACAGACGUAGUGUUGAAGAACAUCACUGCGUCCCAGCCGGCUGCUCCAGGAACCUUCCACAGCAUUGUGUCCUUAUACGACAACACCGUGAGGUCUCCAGGUUUCAACGCCACAGCCUGGUCUCCGGACCUGGUCCCUACAGCCGCUGCUACCACAGAGCUGCCACACAACUCCUCUGACUGCCCCCAGUCUGCAAGCAGGCUGCUCAGUGAGAACGUCAAAGUGCGAAUGCUGUUCGCCUCCAAGGCCACCUUACAGCUGAUUACCAACCCCUUCAUUGGCCCACUCACAAACAGAAUUGGAUACCAGCUUCCCCUGUUUGCUGGCUUCUGUAUCAUGUUCCUCUCUACGAUCAUGUUUGCCUUCUCAUCGAGCUACGCUCUGCUGUUUGUGGCCAGAUCCCUGCAGGGUGUGGGCUCAUCCUGCUCUUCUGUUGCUGGGAUGGGAAUGCUUGCGAGUGUGUAUACAGAUGAUGAGGAGAGAGGACACGCCAUUGGAAUCGCCCUGGGGGGGCUGGCAUUGGGAGUGUUAGUCGGACCCCCAUUCGGCAGUGUGAUGUAUGAGUUUGUUGGGAAGACGGCUCCUUUCCUUAUUCUGGCUUUCCUGGCUUUGUUUGAUGGAGCUCUGCAGCUCUUUGUUCUUCAGCCCACCAAGGUGGAACCAGAGAGUCAGAAGGGGACCCCGCUGUUAACGCUGAUGAAGGAUCCAUACAUUCUGAUCGCAGCUGGUGCCAUUUGUUUUGGAAAUAUGGCCAUUGCCAUGAUGGAGCCAACGCUGCCGAUCUGGAUGAUGGAGACCAUGUGUGCCAGGAAAUGGCAGUUAGGCGUCGCUUUCUUACCAGCGUCCAUCUCCUACCUUAUUGGAACCUACAUCUUUGGCACAUUGGCGCACAAGAUGGGAAGAUGGCUUUGUGCUCUCAUUGGAAUUGUUCUGGUUGGAGUCAGUGUAAUAUGUGUUCCAUUUGCCCAAAACAUCUAUGGUCUGAUUGUUCCAAACUUUGGUGUUGGUUUUGCCAUUGGCAUGGUGGACUCGUCUAUGAUGCCUAUCAUGGGUUACCUGGUGGACCUGCGCCAUGUGUCUGUUUAUGGAAGUGUGUAUGCCAUUGCUGAUGUGGCCUUCUGCAUGGGAUUUGCUUUAGGUCCAUCCAUCGGAGGAUCAAUAGCUGAGAGUAUUGGCUUCCCCUGGCUGAUGACCAUCAUUGGAAUAGUGGAUAUUAUUUUUGCUCCUCUUUGCAUCUUCCUCAGGAGUCCACCGGGACAAGAAGAGAAAAUUGCUAUUUUGAUGGACACCAACUGUUCAAUGAAGACGAGGUCCUACUCCACACAGGGGACGUACUACCAGGGGGAAAACAUGGAUCCAGAAUAUGACGAUUACGAUUAACAGCACAGCAGCCAUGCAGUUUAACCCUUUAGAGGAUCUAUUUUGUUGUAAAAAAAAAAAAAAAAAGGAACAGAGAAGAAAAAAAAACAAGAUAUUUCAUGUGAAUGUCCCACAUUCAGUCUUCACUGUUCUGUGUCUUCUUAGCAGUUGUACUGGAGCAAACCAAAGUUGUUCUUGAUCUGUGGUUGCGAGCGCAUUGUGUGAGAGAUAUUUUUUUAGCCAACAGCCUUAUUCAGUAGAAAGAUGUGUCCAAAAGCACUUUAAGGUAGUAGGAGGGUGCUGAGCAACAAGUACGCUUUAGUGGUUUAUUUUGGAUACAAAUCUGUCUUCAUUCAUUCGUCAGCCAUUAAAAGUCUCAUUUCUAUCUACUGUAAGUCCAUGAUGCUGUCUAGAGUAUUAUUACCAGACCUUGUGCACGUUGCUAUUAUAUUGGGUAAUUGUGUGGUAUGUCCAGAAACUGUUGUUUGUUAAAGAAGAGGAUGAGGAAUGUAUUCUAAAUCACAAUAUAGAUACAUGCUCUCUUCAUAAGAACAGAACCUUGCAGUUUGGCAACUUUAGAGAAAAAGAUCAUUUAAAUCUGCUGUUCGUACUGUUUUUUUUGAAUAAAUCAUUAAUACUGUAAA